UUCCCGCUCUUUUUCUCAGAUUUUAUUACUGUACUGUAGUAGUAAAUUACAUUUUCACCAUGUCUCCUGCACUCUGCAACUCUCUGUUUAUUCUGCUCAUAUCCCUCCAUACUGGGCUCUCUCAGUUGGUAAGAACACAGCAGUUUGUCACAGCAACCCUGGGAGAAGAUGCAGUCUUAACCUGUGAGCUCAUGACACUCAAAGACGUGCGGCAAGUCACCUGGCAAAAAGAGACAACUGGGGUGAAUGAAAAUGUGGCCACUUACAGCAAACGCGGUCCCCAUGUCAACCCACCUUUUCAGAGGAAAGUAGAGUUUGAAGACGAGGGACUGCAGAGCUGCUCUAUUGUCAUCAGAGGAUUGUCAAGAGGAGACGAGUCCUGCUACAAGUGUCUGUUUAACACCUUUCCAGAUGGACCUAUCAGCGGAAGGACCUGCCUCAAAGUCAAUGAGCUGUAUGGACCCUCACUCCUCAUCACACAAACCAACAACAGUCACACCACUCUGUCCUGUUCUGCUACUGGACGACCUGUUCCUAUAUUAACCUGGGAUGACAUCAUGAUAGAACAUUCCACCAUGGUUGAUGUCACCCAUCCCAAUGGGACUGUCACUAUGACAACUACUGUAACAGUGGUAGUGUCCAGUCUAACUGACAAAGAGGUUAGGUGUGUUGCUUCUAUGUCCUUCAGUGAUGUCACCAAGAAUGUUUCCAUGGUGAUUCCAGCUUCAAUUACUGGUCAAUCUCAGGUCUCUGAUGACAGGAUCAGUGGUACAGUGGUUGGUGGAGUGAUGGGUGCAGUGUUGUGUUUAAUGUGUCUCAUUGCUGUAUUCUGUGUAAUAUGGCGGCAAAAGAGGAGAAAAGACACCUCUUCCAGGUAGAUGAAAAACCAUUUCCUUCCUUGAUACUGAAAACAGCUAUUCUGAAUUGAAUGUGAUUUGACUGCCAGUUGUUUACUAGUUGAUCUCUAACUUAA